AGUAAGCAUUUUACUUCCGCUCGGUCUAUGUGGACUGAUGAAAUGUAGGAAAUCUGUUUCUGGCAGGGGGAAAAAUCGUUUUCCCAAACAGCACCGAGAGGAGCCAUCAGAGAAGUAUGAAGAGGGGCAGCGCGGCUGGAGCUGCUGCCGCUGCCGCCGGGCUGGUGGGGUGCAGAGAGCGGCUGCCGCAGGACCCGUGCCGGCAGAGGGCCGGCCCCGAGACGCUGCAGGAGCAGAGCCGGGAGCCCCGGUGCCCCUGAGAGCCGCCAGCAGCCCAGCUCCGGACGCGGGGGUAUUACAAGUGGAUAAAUAAUGUGCACUGCUCUGAGCCCAAAGGUACGCAGUGGACCUGGCCUCUCUGAUAUGCAUCAGUAUAGCCAGUGGCUGGCCAGCAGACAUGAAGCUAAUUUGCUACCGAUGAAAGAAGAUCUGGCCUUGUGGUUAACCAAUCUGUUAGGGAAGGAGAUUACGGCAGAAACUUUUAUGGAGAAAUUGGAUAACGGUGCCUUGCUCUGUCAACUUGCAGGAACUGUGCAGGAGAAAUUCAAAGAGAACAUGGAUGCUAACAAGCCCGCCAAGAAUCUGCCCUUAAAGAAGAUUCCAUGCAAGGCCAGUGCACCCUCAGGAUCCUUUUUUGCCAGAGACAAUACAGCAAACUUCUUAUCCUGGUGCCGAGAUUUAGGGGUAGAUGAAACAUGUCUGUUUGAAUCGGAAGGUUUGGUCCUCCACAAGCAACCCAGAGAAGUGUGUCUCUGUUUGCUAGAGCUUGGCCGGAUUGCAGCCAGGUAUGGUGUGGAGCCUCCUGGUUUGAUAAAAUUGGAAAAAGAAAUUGAACAAGAAGAAACACUCUCUGCCCCUUCUCCUUCACCUUCUCCUUCAUCAAAGUCUUCUGGAAAAAAGAGUACGGGAAACUUACUGGAUGAUGCAGUGAAACGGAUUUCUGAAGAUCCUCCUUGCAAAUGCCCGAGCAAGUUCUGUGUGGAGAGGCUCUCGCAAGGAAGAUACCGAGUGGGAGAAAAGAUCCUCUUCAUCAGGAUGCUGCACAACAAGCAUGUCAUGGUCCGUGUGGGAGGAGGUUGGGAAACUUUUGCAGGGUAUUUGUUGAAACACGACCCCUGCCGGAUGCUGCAGAUCUCCCGUGUGGAUGGCAAGACAUCCCCCAUCCAGAGCAAAUCUCCAACCCUCAAGGACAUGAAUCCAGAUAAUUACCUGGUGGUCUCUGCCAAUUAUAAGGGAAAGAAGGAAAUUAAAUGAAACUAGGUGGUCACUACAAGGGGACUCUCAUAAUGGCCUGUAUCCACAUCUCCAGUAGUCAGUUUAGUUCACAUGCUCUGAAAAUUACUUUGGAAAAAGACAUAACAGAAAGACGUCAUCAUGUUGAAACAUGCUCAAAGAGUAGCACUAUUUAUUUUGAAUGCUUCUGUAGAAAAUGACCUAUUAAAAGAAAUCAUCAACUCAGAUUUAAAUUAGACAAAUUGUAGGCAAAUCAUUGUUUCUCAAUAUGUGAACAUGGUAUUUAGAACACAAUAUUAGCAAUACAAUUCUAGCUAAAGAUAAAAAUUAUUAGAAGAAAAUAGGAUUUACAGUUAAGUCAACAGAAAGUGCCUGCCUAAUGUGUACAGAAUAACAGCACCCCAGACAUUUUUUAUAAUUGCAGGAUUUUUAAGCUGAUUUUUAAAAAGUGACAAUUAGUGUGAUGAUGUGCUACUAAAAAUAUCCAACAGCACACUAUAAAGUAAAGUACAGUGUAUCCACGACAGUAAUACGUUACUGGAAAGGCCACUUCAGAAAAGUUUACAUUCACUUGGAAGAAUGCCUUAAAGUUUACCCCUUAUCUCUGAACAAACACCUGGGGCACUUUUGGAAGUUUUCACUACACCCCUUAGAGAAUGGCUUAUGAGUUGUUUACACAUUCCUAGACACAUGGCUGUGUUGGGCCUGAGUGUAAUUCACACACAUAAGCUGACAUACAUUUAUAUUUUGAAAGAGUAAAUUGUACAGUCAAAUGUCCAUUGACUUCAUGUAAUUUCAAAGCAUUUUCUUAUUAUAUCUUUAGUUAACCCAACUUUGCUGUGCUGUCUAGUAAAGUAAUUUCACUGUAGCUAAUAAUGUUACAGACUUAUGUAUACCCUUGUAUACCUAGGACAGGGCUGUUUUGUACCCAUAAACAGCAAAAUGUUGUCCUCACUGAUUGAAGAAUUAAAAAGAUGUUAAAAAAAUUUUACGUGUCUCUAUAUCAAUGCUUCAUUCUGAAAUAAAGAUCAUAUUCAAAUGGCAA